UCUUUACAAUGGACAUCAUCGGUGCUAUUGACCUUGGGCGUAUCGCUAGUUCAACUACAGCCGAGCUUAUCAACAAAAUCAUCACAUCAUAAACUCAAUGACGGACAAGAUUGGCUGAAAGGGCUCAUCGCGAUCAUUUGCUCGUGUUUAUCCUCUGGCCUGGCUGGAUGUUAUUUUGAAAAGCUCGUCAAGGAUCAAUCGUCUCAAACUGCCCAACCGCUUUCCAACGCUCUAUGGGCGAAAAAUUUACAGCUCUCUUUUUGUACAAUCCCAUUUGCAUUCUUAGCAAUCUAUCUCGACCCUCGUGCAUACAUUGAAGUCACCAAAAGAGGCUUCUUUUGUGGUUAUAGCACUUUGGUUUGGUCUGUGAUUAUGUACCAUGCACUUGGUGGGAUCUUGGUUUCAAUCAUCGUUACACAGAGUAGCACCGUCACCAAAAGCUUUGCAAAUAGCCUCUCAAUAGUCUGUAAGCUGAAAAUUCAUUUGUCUGAAGUUAUAAAAUCUUCCAUUUCAGCCAAACCCAAUCAUACUGAGUUUUUUUCAUGA